CAAACACAAAAAGUGUACAACCUCUUGCUUAUCAGUCUUGAGUCUCGUCAUUGACAUUAUUUCGAAUGUUUUCUUGCCCAGCUACCACCAAAAGUUUCUGGACUUUAGCUGCCAACAUUGACGUUUCGCUCUCUACACAAGCACGGCUCUAGACGUUGAACCAUAUAAUACACCACGGCAAACCAUCGCCAUGGCUUACGUCUCAUUGAGCACACGGGAUCUCAACGUCCUCGAGAAAAUCCAGGACCCAGAGUACGAUCCCGCCCGGAUAGUGCAAGUCGACAUAAGCCUGCCAAAAGACCCCAACUUCAAGGACCAGGCCGUAUAUGACAAGGUCGCCCAACUAGAGCGCCAGAUCAUCCUCUCCAUCCAGCAACUCGAGCUCGCAAAUGCAAAGCCUGCAGCGCAUGGAACGACCGACGUGAAUAAGACCAUUCAAGGCUAUCGCGACUGUGUCACCCAGCUGGGAAGCCUCAUCCAAGAAUACCCAGAGUACGCCAGUGCCCGCAACAACAGGGCGCAGGCGAUUAGACGGCUAGUUGGCGAUUCGAUGUUGAUCUCGGGCUCCCAGCAGCUUCACCAAGCACUGAUUCGGGAUAUCGAUGACGCCGAGCGACUGCAGAUGGCUGAGACUGCUCUAUCUGACCUUGAUCGCGCCAUCUCGCUCCUGACCCCUGCCACGCCCCAGACCAGAUUGUCCCAGAAUGUGGUUAGGACGCUUUCCAGUGCACACACCCAGAGAGCCGCCAUCUAUCAUAUGACGUCCAAGUUGAUGGAGUCCGACACCCUUGCUGUACCACAAGGUCGACGAGAAGGAAGCUGGAACAAGCUGGAUUUCGAGGAGAAUGCCUCGAGGGACUUUGCUAUGGGUGGCAGAUAUGGCAACGAAAUCGCGAAAGCACUCGCUGUGAGCACAAACCCAACAGCCAAGCUGUGUGGACAGAUGGUCCGGGAGGCGUUAAAGAAGGAGUACGGGCCGGCCUAUUCGGCAUGAGGGUCAAGGAACUGGCGAUGCUGGACAAUUAUAGAGAGUUGUUUCUGUAGGAUAAUGGUGAUGAGAAAUUUUACGAAAAUGAAGGCGCGACCAUGACCGCAACCG